ACAAGCUUCACUCAGCCUCGCGGUAUCACCAUCAAUAACUUGACGAAAAGGCAAUUUUCCUGUUCUUCAUAUCAUCAAAGAUUGAAAUCCUUUCACCCCUUCAGAGUUUUGACCAAGAUGACACCUGUUUGCCCUUUUGUCAAAGCUUCUCGGCCUGAUGAUGUAUCUUCAAAAAAGUCUAGUGAAAUCCAAAAUAAACAGCAAGGAUGCCCAAUGAGUAAAGAAAUCCAAAAUAAGCAGCAGGGAUGCCCAAUGAGUAAAGAAAUCCAAAAUAAGCAGCAGGGAUGCCCGAUGAGUAAAGAAAUCCAAAAUAAGCAGGAGGGAUGCCCGGUGAGUAAGGUUAAGCAGGAUUCUGGGGACUCUGGUGUCAUCUCUCCAAAAUGCCCCUUUGGAUAUGAUUCUCAGACUUUCAAGCUGGGCCCCUUCAGUUGCUUGAUAUGCCACGCUCUACUCUUUGAAUCUAGCAGAUGUGUUCCUUGUACUCACGUGUUUUGCAAAGCAUGCAUAGGACGUUUCAACGAUUGUCCUCUAUGUGGUGCUGACAUUGAGAAGACGGAAGCUGAUGCAAAUCUUCAAAGCGUAGUUGAUCGCUUUAUUGAUGGUCAUGCUAGGAUUAAGCGGUCUCCAGUUGAUACAGACGAGAAGCAAGUAGUCGGAGAGAAGAAAACAGUGAUAUACGAAGAUGUCUCCUUGGAAAGAGGUGCUUUCUUGGUACAACAAGCUAUGAGAGCAUUUCGUGCUAAUAAUGUAGAAAGUGCCAAAUCAAGACUAAGUUUAUGUGCACAAGACAUACGAGAACAGCUGGAAGUAGCGGGGAACACAUCCGAGUUAUGCUCACAGUUAGGUGCUGUACUGGGUAUGCUCGGUGAUUGCUGUCGGGCGAUGGGAGAUGGUAGUUCUGCAGUUGCUUAUUUUGACGAGAGUGUCAAUUUUCUCUCGAAAGUACAGACGGAGGAUUUAGAGGUCACACAUACACUUUCGGUUUCCUUGAAUAAAAUUGGUGAUCUUAAAUAUUAUGAAGGGGACUUACAAGCGGCAAGGGAUCAUUACUUUCGGGCUCUAGAUGUUCGUCGCAAUGCUAUCAAGGAUUCAUCUAAAGCUCCGUCUCAGGUUUUAGAUGUGGCUGUAUCUCUUGCAAAAGUUGCUGAUGUCGAUAGAAAUCUUGAUGCCGAGGAUACAGCAACUGAAGGAUUUCAAGAAGCCAUAAAUUUAUUGGAAUCUUUGGAAAUAAAGUCGGAAGAAAAUGCACUGGAACAGCGGCGGCUUUCGGUGCUAGAUUUCCUCAAAAAUCAACUCUCCAAGAAGCAAUCCGACUGAAAUUCAAAUGGGGAACGAUUUGCCCCGUUUUCCACAUCUCCUCGGAAUGAAGGGCUUGGUGAGUUCAUCAUAAGGAGCUAAGUCGUAUAUUGGUCGAGAAUAAUAAUAUAUAUCAAGGCCUGGUUUUCCGUUUUCUAUAAAAUGCACUGAAGCCAAGUGUUGUGGUUGUGUACCGGAGCUCGCGCUCAUAUGUUUUUACCGUGUAAAUAAGUGAUGGAGGUAUUGCUGUGUUCAUGAUCUUUUAGAUUCAAGAAUUAUAUACAUAAUGUUUAUGUAAUGUAAUGUGUUGGUUAUCAGACUUUGGGGUUGCAUUUGUCAAGUGAAUCUUCAAACUUGUUAAGUAUAAUGAGACAAGUUGUAAUGUAAUGUGUUGGUUAUCA